AUGAAGUCCUUCGCAGCAAUCACUCUUCUCUGCGCUGCGCUCGCUGAGGUUGCUCACGGUCACUACAUCUUCCAGUACCUCACAGCGAAUGGUGUCAAGGGUGCCCAGUACCAGAACAUCCGCAGGAACACAAACAACAACUCGCCCGUCACCGAUCUCGCAUCCACCGAUCUGCGCUGCAAUGUAGGUGGUGGAAGCGGAGCUUCGACGACCACAGUUUCAGUUGCUGCCGGUUCUUCGGUCACUUUCACCGCAGACCAAGCCGUAUACCACCAGGGACCUGUUUCCUUCUACUUGACCAAGGUUGCCAGCGCAGCUGCCGCUGAUGGCUCGUCCGACUGGGUUAAGAUCAAGGAGAUUGGGCCCACAUUUUCUGGUGGCCAGAGCACAUGGGACCUGAAGGACAACUACUCCGUCACAAUUCCCACUUGUGUCGCUGCUGGCGAGUACUUACUCCGCAUCGAGCAGCUCGCUAUCCACAACCCCGGCUCCCCACCCCAGUUCUAUAUCUCUUGUGCUCAGAUCAAGGUCACUGGUGGUGGCUCAAAGACUCUUACCCCUACAACUAAGAUCCCUGGACACGUCAAGGCAACUGACCCCGGCUUUACUGCGAACAUUUACAGCGGCUUCACAAGCUACGCUGUUCCCGGACCGAAGGUUGCGACCUGCUAG